AUGCCGGGCGGAUGUGCUUCCGCGGUAAAUACCCCUCCUCCUCGACGUCGCCAGCGACACGCCUUUGGCGCCUCCCACCUACGACACUUCUCCUCCUCUGCUGCUGUCAGGCUCUGUUGUAUUUGUUGUGAUCAGAAGUCAGAGCGGCAGCAGCGGCAACGGCAGCUGCAACUGCAGCAAUUUCCGAUAAAAAUGUCCGCCAGUUUUCCUGUUAAGCGAGAACCCUGGAUUGAACGCAUUUCUCAUUUCUUUCAGCAGCGUACAGUUGGGAGUUCACAGUCGCCCCUGCAAGACAACGAAAACCUACGAGGCAGCAAUCCGCCACCAAGGCUUCAGAACUGCAGGAUUUGGUACCUCUCAAACUUUCCCAAAAACCGUGCCCUUCGUCAGAGGAGCGGAUCCGCACCCCCAAACUACCGGAACCACGACUUCUUCGACGAGGACAAUGGCCCCGAGUAUGACUUAGAGGCAUCUGAACCACGACUACAGGGCUCCCUUCCCCACACCUUCGAUGAGGCGGGGAGCCCCAGAGGCUCAACCUGCUGUAUGUCCUUACCAAUGAAUUCUAACAGGGUCAGUAGAAACAUCCAACACCCACUGUCUGAAUCAGCAAGUCAGCUGCUGGAAAUAGCUGCCUCAUUGGUCACAACCAUACCCAAUCGCGAAACAGUCUCCACCGUCAGUGAUUCCGCUGUUUUCACUGACACCGAUUCUACUCUGGCCAAUAUUUCCAGUCCGGAUUUUAUAACUGGGAGACUUUCCCAUCCGAAGAUAGAAACGAGUUUAACCCAACAAGCUCAAUGGGAAUCACCUAUAAGACGCGGCGCAGUUCAGCCCCACCGGAAAAUCUGGGGGUCGCAGGGGAAUAGCCCGCAGAAACGGAUGGCCUCGGAACCGCUAAGAUUGCAGCAAACAGACGUACUGACGCCAACUGUCGAAAAGGAUUCCAUUACACGGGGCACUAAUGAACAGCCGACGUGUGAUACACAUUCGAUUGAGAGGGACUCGAGUGAACUGCCCGCAUCUGCAUCCACUAGUACUGCACUAAGCAUUUCUUCUCAAGUCAACACUAGUGGAAAUCGACCACAGUCUGCUUCGAAGGCAAGAAGUAGCGACAACUGCACUGCAGUCUACCUCAGCGCCGAAGGGUCAGGUCAGGGUGUUGAGUUGUCCUCGUGUGAAACAGUAUCAGAGAGCCUCUCAGAGUGUGAAGUUACCACACAAAUAUCCAAUCCUAAUUUCCCAGGGUCGCAGACUGGUGCCAGCCAGCGCAGCUCAAUUUCUGUUUCAACCGAACCCCCACGUUCUCCUAACUUUUCCUCCGCAUCCGAUCUCAGGGUCGAUGGAGACCGUCCUUCAAGUGGUCAAAAUGGUGUCACAGUCAGCCGUUCAUUCAAACCUGAAGCUCCAGAGGAACUGAUGUUCGGGUUUUCUACCCUACCGGUCCCUCAAAAUAACGCACUCCCUGAUGAGAAAGUUACCCCUUCUACUGCCUGUGAAGUUCCCUUCAGCAGUAAAACUAAAAGUCCCACUAGUGCUAAUAUCUCGUCUGUCAUUCCAUCACGGUUUGACGCUGUACAGAGGCCGACGUGUUUGAGGGCUCCACCAAGUGAAGGUUUGACGGUCACGACCAAAGAAUGUGAAAAGGCGUGCGGGCAGGACACAGUUCAGGCAACUACCCCACACCCUCAUACGGGAUCUUCUGGGGCAGAGGGUGAAAUUUUCAACAGUGACGAAGUUGAAAACAAACCGAGUUUAGUUAUGAAGCACAAUUUAGCUACGGCCUACAACAAAGCAUCCGGCAGGUUGAAUUUGGAUAUCAAAGGACUGGUGCAUAAGGCUGGACAGUAUGAAACCUCCGACGGUAAAAAGCCCCAAGAAGAAACUGGUCUAGAGGACGCACCAGCCAGCAAACUAGAAGGGCCAUCCACAGCAAAAGACCUG